AUGUCACUCAGACGAUCAGCACGGCUGGGGUCUAUGCCAGCCAAGGUCCCACAGAUCUCGAGUAACGCAAGAAUUCAGCACAGCGCAGUGACCAAACCACGCAAAGCAACCAAGCCUAAGAUCACACAACCAAAGCCAAAGGCAUCAUAUUGGUCACCGGAGCCAGAGAAGGCAAACCAAGAAACCGAGCCAAAGCUCUCGGCAACUAACCCUCACCUCAGACCAUCCACGCCUCCUCCCCUCGACCGCCCCGUGGAUCCCCACCGGACAAACGCAACUCUCCUCACCCCUCAUGGAUCAACAGUGAACGCCUACCCAGCCCAUGCAGAAGAUGCCUCACCCACGAAGACCGGUCUCCCCCGACCCCUCGCUACGACGGGGACUCUGCUCGAAAAAGCGACGGCGCACUUGAUCGCGACAGAUCCCCGCUUGACGACAGUAAUAUCACAGCACCCGUGUCCACUCUUCUCGCCUGUUGGAUUGGCAGAGGAAAUCGACCCAUUUAACAGUCUGACCAGCAGUAUUAUCGGACAACAAGUCUCUGGUGCAGCGGCCAAGUCUAUCCGCAACAAAUUUCUCGCAUUGUUCGAUUUGCCUGAGACUAUUGCUCCGGAUGGACAUCGGCAUGACAAGUUCCCAACCCCAGACCGAGUGGCUCAAUGUGAUAUUCCCACGCUACGCUCGGCGGGUCUGUCACAGCGCAAAGCGGAGUAUAUCCAGGGUCUUGCGGAGAAGUUUGCAAAUGGAGAGCUUGGGGCGAGAAUGUUGGCCAGAGCGACUGACGAAGAACUGUUUGAGAAACUGAUUGCCGUGAGGGGCUUGGGAAAGUGGUCUGUUGAGAUGUUCGCUAUGUUCGCACUCAAGCGCAUUGAUGUCUUCUCCACUGGUGAUUUAGGUGUACAGUAA